UUUACCUAGUUCAAUCAAAUAAAUACUAAAUACUAUCAAAUAAUAUCAGGUUAUGGGCUAUAUAUGUCCGAUAGUAUAUUAGAAAAGUAAUUCGAAACAUAAGCGCUGUGAUUCGAUUAGAUUGAAGUUAGAUAACCUCAAAACUGGCCAUUGCCGGCGAGUUCGUUAUUUUUUCCCAGCAAUUUCAGCUUAAUUUUUUGAGAAAAUACUUAAUAAAAUGGCAUCACAAAUAUCAAUGGGUACAAUUGAGAAGCUAAUUGGAAGAGAAAAUUACCAAAGUUGGAAGUUUGCCGUGAAAAACUACCUCGAACAUGAAGAAUUGUGGCAGGAGAUUGAAUCUGACCCAGGCUAUGUAUCUGAUAGCAAGAAAAAUACGAAAGCAAAAUCGAAAAUAAUACUGUUGGUAGACCCGGUUAAUUACGUCCAUGUACAAGAGGCUACAACAGCGAAACAGGUUUGGACCAAACUUGAAAAAGUGUUUGAUGACUCAGGGCUUAGUAGAAAAGUAAGUUUAUUGAGAGAUUUGAUCACCACUGACUUGGACAAUUGCUCGAGUGUCGAGGAAUAUGUCAAUAAGUUGCUGCUGCAUUGGAUGGAAGUUGCUGGUAUGUUGAUUCCGGAGCAUCAUUGCAUAUGUGCAAUAACAAGAAUUGGAUGUAUGAUGUAUCCCCAUCAACUAUCAACAAUAUUAAGGUUGCAGACAAUAAAACAGUAGCAGUAAAAGGCAGUGGCAAGGUGGAUUUUCAGAUUAGAGACUCAGAUGGCAUAAUACGGACAAUACAGGUCAGAGAUGUUUUAUAUAUACCCACACUAACAGUUAAUUUACUUUCUGUAAGUCAAAUGGUGAAUAAUGGCUGUGAAGUGAAAUUUGAGAGAGAUGGUUG